AUGGCCAAUGAGAGACCCAAGGAAGGAGUCAAGACAGAGAACAAUGAUCAUAUUAAUUUGAAGGUGGCAGGACACAAUGGUUCUGUGGUGCAGUUUAAGAUUAAGAGGCAUACACCACUUAGUAAACUAAUGAAAGCCUAUUGUGAACAGCAGGAUUUGUCAAUGAGACAGAACAGAUUCCGGUUUGAUGGGCAACCAAUCAAUGAAACAGACAAACCUGCACAGUUGGAAAUAGAGGAUGAAGAUACAAUUGAUGUGUUCCAGCAGGAAACUGGAGGAGUCUACUAG